GGAUAUUUGACGACGUUAACUCGACAAGAAUGGCCAUUUCAACAAUGGAUUCGUCCCAAAAACGUUCUACAAUUUUUGAUAGCGCUGAUGGCUCAACCGUUGAUCGACUUCUCCAAAUAUCAAGAUUGUUUCUCGACCGCGCCACUUUUCUAUGAAGAUGUUAUAUCCGAUCCAGAUGAUACGUUGAAAAGUGUACUGGACGCUUACGGAAUCUCACAGCUGGGUGUUCCAGAUUCUGGUGAGUUCGAUGUAUACUUGAACAGAUACCUGGCGUACGGUGCAGACGAGCGACUAGAACUCACUGCUGUGUCUUCCGGUAAACUACAAUGUGCGGAAGAUUGGACAUAUUCGGAUCAUACCGGGAAUUGUUACCGCUUUUUCAAUAAAGACACCAGAUGGCCAACUGCGGAGGUUAUGUGCGUUAUCCGAGGCGGUCAUAAUAUUGCCGUACACGACCUGAAGGAUAACGAAUACAUUCAACAAAUUGUUCUCGCAAGUGGUAAGAAAACGUUGUGGUUGGGUGCAGCUCAGUUUGGUUCGUCAAAAGAUUAUGUAUGGUCGGAUCACUCAAAAUUCGAUUUUGAGCAUUGGCAAGGAGGUAAAUUCACAGAAAUUUUCUCAUUCCCUUCGUACUUUUCGGGAAAUCACUGA